AACAAGACGAUAGAAUGAAGGGAUUUCAAGUCUAGAUGUUCAUUUGUGCUACCUGCCCUUCCUGUUACCGUGCCUAUUCUUCAUGUCCUCCGCGCGACUUACUGAUCAACAGCACCGCCACAGCACAAGUACUCGUAAUUCGAACGUCGCAUGCAUUCCGCUGCAAAAUGGCCCAAACUCGCCGGGCCAAAAUCGCCAGGCCAAUCAAAAUCCCACCGCCGUCCCUCUAUACUUUUGACUCCCUCCGCCCAGACAUCCGAAAAGACAGACUCCGGCUUAAGGCCGGAUGCAAUAUCUACAAAAAGUUAUACUCAAGGAGAAUGCCGCACCUUCCUUUCCAAGACCAAUCCGCCAACUCACUUACUCGGUGCACUUUGAAAACAAAACAAAACCAAAUCUAUGUGUGGGUGGUGCAUAUGCGAGAUUGUCGGGGGAAAGGACAGGCGGGCAAGGUAUCAUCGCAUCUACAGCGUCAUAGUGUCAUGGCGUCGUGAAGGAUAAAUGCACAGAAGGAUAAAGAAACAGUCAGCUAAUGCUGGGGCAGACCCUGCCGCUGCGACCGGCCCUGCAUGCCUGCUCUCUAACAGGAAAU